AUGUACUAUGAUCUUGAUGAUCCUGAUACGAACGCACAUCAAGUCAGUUCUCGAAUUGAUUAAGCCUGGACUCUCGUUUGCAUGGUGAUGUCACCAAAUAACUCAAUGACAAUCUCGUACUCCGGCCUUGGAACUUAAGUGACAAGGAAAUAUUUUCAGUUUUCGUUGCGCUGUUGAUAACUCUUCAGACAUAAUUAAACUUUGAUGUAAUAUACAUAUUUAUGGAUCGAUACUGGACGAAUGCAGGAGGAUAUUUGCUUCUUGCCGAUUGCUCAGUGAUUUCGAGCUAGGAUAAUUUUCAAAAAGCUACAAAUAGAAUAUUAAAUUAAUGACAAAGGCAUAAUAUCUUCACAAAUUUUGCAACAUCAUCGUACUAAGGCUUUUAACUUUAAAAAGUUUGAGGAGGAAACUACGUAAUUCCGGUUCCUUAAUUUAAGUACAAACUCUAGUUUCUUUGAGGAACAUAAACCUCUCCGACCAGUUGCGGCUUUUAUGUAACAACUGAACGUUAAGUGUCCUAAGUACAGAGUAAAUAUACCGAAGUUGUAUUCUAAAGGGUAAGUUUCAGUUGGACUCUUGAUAAAAAGCCUUACUGAAAGCUAGAAAAACUAUUUGUUUUCUUUUGCGACUACUAGUUAAGUAAGAAUUCAGUGGACUGUUGUUUUCAUUCGAAAUAUUUCUUUAUCACGAACCUCAUUAAUUAGCCGACCAUUCACUAAAAAUCGUACUUUUACCAACUUUGUCAAAAAUUCCAGUUUAAUACUGUUAUUUGACAUCAAAUUUCCCGUUUUAUGCUGUUAGAUCCUGUUAGUUAACAUCAAUUUUCAGUUUUUUCUCGUAUUUUCAAUCACUCUUUCAUCUCCCGUCCCUCCUCUUUCAGUUAACAUGACAAAACGUCUUGUUAAAACCGGAAGAAAGAGAGUCAAAUUGCUCUAGCUAAUAUCUUUCUCUUGUCUCGUUCAUUCUUAUCAUACAGUUUGUUCAUAAAGGUUUCCUCGAAAUGUCUUGGGAUAGCUACAUUGAUAACCUCAUCGCACAAAGUAAAGAUUCUUCUGGCAUGGCACAUAUUGACAGAGCCUGUAUCAUUGGGUUGGACGGCGGAGGCGUUUGGAAUUCACCUAGCCAUCCAAAAGCAUUAAAAGUAAGGUUGUUCGUUGGCUCAAAUACGUAUGAAUUGUUUGAAAUGUUCGAAGACAGACACGUGUUAUGAUUGGUCGAAAUAUGUUAAUUACUUCAUCAAAAAUGCACGGGCUGUUCAUCACCUGCGUCAAGUUUUAAACAUGAGGUCGCCCCUUUCUGUAUUAGAUGAUGAAGACAUUUAUGUCACAUACACUGUUCUUCCUUGUCAAGAUUUCAUGAAUUUAAAUGAGCUCAAUGGUAUCCAUAGGCAACCAUUGACCAAUCAUUGCUUAAAUUGGCUACUUAUUCGAUCCCAGAAAUCUUCACUCGAAAGCUUGUACCCAUUCUCCCUAUGCUGUAGAUUAUGGAGUGGCGAAUUAGGUUUUACAGUCACGGAACCCCGAUAUAACCAAGUGCCAAAGGACUGAAAAAAAUCGUUCGUUAUGACGGGGGUAAUCACGGUCCAGCCCAAUAUAUUUCAAUUUCAUUGGGGAAAGGGAAUGUCAUUCGUUAUGCCGUUUCGUUAUAUGGCGGUUUGCUAUAUUGGAGUUACGUUUUACUGUAGUUGAGUAAUUAUUAGGGAGCUAUAGCAAAAACGCUUUUGAGCGACGCACGUCAGCCGGAAGUUAGUCCCCCUAGCAGCCGUUUUUUUGAUGUCACGCAACGCUCCCCAAAUAGAGUCUUUUGUGGGAGCGUUGCGUGACAUCUGAAAAACGGCUGCGAGGGAGACUAGCCAGAAGUAGACUUUUCGCAUUCUUGGGCAACCGUUAUCCCCAAAUUUUCACGAGACACCGUUGGCAAUACUCAUUUGGAAGCGUCAAGGUAUAUAAAAAGCGAAAAUGCCUCACUUCCGGUUGACGUAUGUCGCUGAAAACGUCUAGUAAGUAACUUUAGUUUGUGGUCCCAGGCGUUCCUAGUGUCUUUGCUUAACCUCCUUACUGUCUUUUUCUGUUCUCUCCAGCUACAAGGAAGUGAGGGAGUUAACAUAGCCAGGUGCUUAAAGAGCAAAGAUUUUACUGCCUUUAUGUCUAGUGGUGUUCAUGCAGAAGGAACUGGAUAUCAGUUCCUGCGGGUGCUAGACGACAAGCUCGUUCUUGCCAAGAAAAAAGAAAGCGGAGCAUUGUGCAUACAAGCAACUAUGACAGCGGUUGUCAUCGGUCAUUGUCCUGAGGGUGGCCAACAAGGAAACACAAACAAGGCAGUUGGAAUAAUCGGAGACUACCUGGAAUCCUUGAACAUGUAA